UGUCAAGGAUAGACAGGAGAUCUUAACUUCAAAGACUAUUGCUCAAGCUCUUAAGAAAGUCUAUGACAACCUUAAAUGUCUUUUAGUCUGGUCAGAAAAAUUUUUAACAGAUAGGGGACCAGAGUUUAGAGGUGAUUGUAAGAAAUUAAUGAGAGAGCAUGACGUGAAAAUUCAGAAGGCCUUUACUAAAAAUACUAUGAGUAUUACUAAAAAAUUUAAUGGUGAUUUAACUAGAAAAUUGUUUCAUUCUCAAGAUGCUUCUAAUCUUUUGACUUUACACUUAAAUAAGAUAUUCUGGGUUUGG